GUGUGGGGCUGAGUGGGCAGAGAUGCACAACGCUUGUCGGGAGCGGCGUUUGAUGAUGCCGGGUGCACCACACCAUCAGGGCAACCUCAGCCUCGACCAAUACGCAGCUAGAUGGGUAUAACAAUUCAUUUAUUCAUUCUAACGCUCAAUUAUGCAUAACUUAUAAUCAUCUUGUUGUUCUUUUCACAGUCGGCCGCACAUGAUGGCCAGCCUUGCUCCCAGUUCAAGGCAUGGGCUAUGGCCCACAAGGGCAAGGCGACGUCUGACGUCGACUACAACCCGGAGGACCCGCCCUCAGCAUACACCAAUGAGACUGUCCACAACCGCCUCAGUCAGUACACUGAGAUGGCAAGGUCGGUCCAUGGGCCAGAGUACGAUCCGACCACCGCCGAGCUUGAUCCAGAAGUCAUCAUGAGGGUGGGAGGAGGCAAGAAGCAUGGACGGUACUGGAUUGCCGACAGCACGCUCGACACGGCUACUACUCCCACUUUAGCUCAGAUUCGAGCAAGGAGCACGAGCUCAUGCCCGCCUAUAUGCCCACGACCAGGCACUGCACAGCACCGGAUGGAGACAAUCCAGGCCCAGUUGGAAGAAGAGAAGAGGCGACGGGAGGAGAUGGAGGUUAGGAUGGAGCAGGAGCAGCAGAGGAUGGUGGCUGAGCGACAGAGGAUGGAGGCCGAUCGACAGAGGAUGGAGUUGAUGUUUCAGUGGAUGCAAAAUCUUGGCGCGAGUAUGGGUCAAUCUCCUCCACCUGAGCUACUUGCUCCAUUGCCUCCUCCUGAAGGAACUCCCAAUCAAUCAGCGGCUUCAAAUAAUAUGCCUCAUCAGCCACCACAUCAGCCGGGGUGGCCAGCUUGGCAGUGAAUGGUUCAUGCUUAUUGUGUUGGUGUUUAUGUACUUGGAGACUUAGAUUUACAUUACUGGUUCACUUGUGCUUGGACUUAGAAUAUUUGGUUAACUUGGUGAUGCACUUGGAUUGUUUCGUUCACUUGGUGAUACACUUAUUAUUGCACUUUUGCUUAUAUGUGAUGUGUGAUAAAUGUGAUAUAUGUGAUAUAUGUGUGAUAUCUGUGAUAUCUGUUAUAUAUGUGUGAUGUACAAAUUAUUUUGAUUCAUUGGAAUGCAAAAAAUAAAGAAAAAUGGAUCUGGAAAGUUGCUUUGCCGAGUGCAGCAACCAAGAAACUCGGUAAAGAUGUAGGCUUUGCCUAGUGCAGGAGCAAAGACACUCGGCAAAGAUGUAGACUUUGCCUAG